ACAUGUUGUAGUCUCGACAAGAUGGCGCAUGCGGUUGUUUUGCCGCAGGGACACUGAACAAAUUAUACAAUUCCUCGUGUAAAUUCGUUGCCAUCGCGUUAGCGUAACUGUUAAAAAGUGUUUUGUUGGACGCGGAAAGCCAGAGGAUAUCUAACAUGAAAGGGAAGGAGCGAUCGCCUGUGAAAAAGCGCUCAAGGGCCUUGGAUGAUAUACGAGACAGGGGAGGAAGCCACCCAACCAGUAAGAAAAUGGGGGUUAUCUCGAUUUCUGGCGGUGGGAGCAACAACGGCAAUAGUUCUUCUAAAGGCGAAGGGGGCUCUGCACGAAGGGGGCUGUUGGGAGAUAAAAGAGAUGGAAGGGAUUUUGACGGACAUGUCUCCAGUCGGACUGGAAAUAAUCACGGUUACACCAGCCCCGUUGCGAGCUCGAGCGGCAAGAAUCACGCGUCGAGCUUGUCUUUAGAGGCGGCCGCGCGCACCAACUCGCGCGGAGAGUCGCGCGCCCCGCUUCCCACCAACGAAAGUGAGUACAAAACUUUAAAAAUCAGCGAGCUCGGCUCCCAACUGAGUGACGAGGAAAUCGAGGACGGCCUUUUCCACGAAUUCAAAAAAUUUGGUGAUGUGAGCGUUAAAAUCAGCCGAGUCAAUGACGAGAGAAUCGCAUUCGUCAACUUUAGGAGACCGGAUGAUGCCAGGGCGGCAAAGCACGCGCGAGGCCGGCUGGUGCUGUACGACCGUCCUUUGAAAAUCGAGGCGGUUUACUUGAAUAGGCGGAGAAGUCGGUCUCCGGUAGAUAAGGACCAUUUCUCUGUCGUUGCUGGCCAUAGACAUUUGCAUACCCAGAGGCCGCUCUCUCCAACCGGUCUGGGUUACAGAGACUACCGGUUACAGCAGUUGGCGCUUGGUCGGCUUCCUCCCCCACCACCCCCGCCUUUACCGAGAGAGCUUGAAAGAGAAAGAGAAUUUGCCUUUUAUGAAGCGAGGGCGCGGCCUGCGUACAUCGCUGAGCGAGCUGCUCCUUUCCGUGAGGAGGACUUUAUCUCUCCAGAGGACGACCAGAGAGCCAACCGCACACUAUUUCUGGGUAAUUUGGAUAUUACUGUGACUGAAAAUGAUUUGAGGAGGGCGUUUGAACGAUUUGGGACCAUCACUGAGGUGGACAUUAAAAGACCCACUCGGGGCCAGAGCAGCACCUAUGGCUUUCUUAAAUUUGAGAACUUGGACAUGGCCCACAGAGCAAAAAUGAGCAUGUCCGGGAAAGUCGUGGGCCGAAACCCCAUAAAAAUCGGCUAUGGCAAAGCCACCCCCACCACACGCCUAUGGGUGGGUGGUCUUGGACCUUGGGUGCCUCUCACUGCAUUAGCCAGGGAAUUUGACCGCUUUGGCACUAUUAGGACUAUAGACUACAGAAAAGGGGACACCUGGGCUUAUAUUCAGUAUGAAAGCUUGGAUGCUGCUCAGGCAGCCUGCACACACAUGCGUGGAUUUCCUCUCGGCGGUCCUGACAGGAGGCUGAGGGUGGACUUCGCUGACACGGAGCACCGCUACCAGCAGCAGUUCUUGCAGCCCCUCCCUUUGCAGCACUAUGAAAUUGUGGCUGAGUCUUUCGUCCAUCGCGCCACCCCUGAGGCCAUCAGGGUCCGAGAACGGACUCCCCCACCACUGCACUUCAGAGAACGAGAACUGUACGCCGGGGCUGAAUGGGCUGCCCCUGCAAUUCGUGAACGUGUACGAACUCCUGCAUUUGAGCCCCUUGAACACUUGGAGCGUGAACGGCGGCGAGAGGCGUGGUCACUGGAGCGGGAGCUGCCGGCCAGGGACGCUGCACGCAAACGACGACUCAUGGAGGACGGGAGACAUCUGGAGUGUUCGCCUGACAGCAGCAGCGAGUGGGCAGCCCGACGCCGCAGACCGCCGUCCCUCGAAGGCAGCCCGGGUGGCAGCAGCCGAGACGGUCGAUUCAGCGACUCCGAGCGUCCAGCGAGAGCAGAUCGGGUGUCCCCCGCACGAGAGAGCCGCAGCAGCCUGGACCGAGCCCCUGGUGAGAAGCGCAUAAAAGGCAGCAGCGUCUCCGAGACCAGUGUCGGCGCAAGUCCAGGGGAAAGAAAGCGCAAAGCAGGCGAUUCAGCCAAAGGCGUCUCCAAAAGGGACAGAUCCGAGGGCAGCUCCAAAAGCAACCAGGCUUCGAAGCAGGACGCAGGGGGCAAGCUGAGCAUGGCCUGGAAUGGCAUGCUGCUCCUAAAGAACAGUAACUUCCCAGCCAGCAUGCAUCUCCUGGACGGGGACCUGAGCGUCGCCACCAGUCUUCUUAUGGACGGCAGCAUGGGCGGCAAAGUCGCUCAGCUGCGCAUCACGCAACGCCUUCGCCUCGACCAGCCCAAGAUCGACGAAGUGUCUCGCCGCAUCAAAGUCGCAGGCCCGGGCGGGUAUGCGGUUCUUCUGGCAGUUCCGGGCAGCACCGAGGAGACUUCGUCUUCGGACCCAGCAGCAUCGACACAGAGGCCCCUGCGCAACUUGGUUUCCUACCUGAAGCAAAAGCAGGCCGCUGGGGUCAUCAGUUUACCCGUCGGGGGCAGUAGAGAUAAGGACAACACUGGUGUCCUGCACGCAUUUCCACCAUGUGAUUUCUCUCAGCAGUUCUUAGAUUCUUCUGCGAAAGCUCUUGCCAAAACGGAAGAGGACUUCCUGGUCAUGAUCAUUGUGCGAGGAGCAUCCUAACAAUCCUAAUACACACUAAAGUUUUGUUAAAUGCAAGCUUCUCUUGAUGUCUUUUAAUUGCAUGCUCACUAAAGCAGAAGUGGUACUAGAGUAAAGGGCAAAUGUUAUUACCUGCUCUGCCAAACAUGUACAAAAAUGAGAGAAAAAGGCCCAUUCGUAUAGCAAAGUUUAGCUCUAUAUAGCAAUAUAUUUGUUUUCCAUUGCAAUUUAUUCAGAUGUCUAGUUUGUGAUAAGUUGUACCCUGCGUUAAAGAAUGAGUGAUAUUGGGCAUAUUAGAAUAGAAAUUUAAUUUGCUAUGGGUCAUUAAACACUGUUUAGUUAUAGUACUUCCCAUCAUCACCAUGUAUUUCAGUCAGAUUCCAGACAGUUAUCCCUGUACGAAAUCAAUGUUCAUUUCAUUCAUGUUCAUGGUUUUCAAUUGAUCUGAUUUAACAGGAAUCUGGUUUGUGUUUUGAUGCUUUGAACAAUCAUUCAGUAAUGGGGAGUGUAAUAUAGGUAUAUGUAGUCCUGUAGGCAACUAAAACAGGCCGAAUACUUUGCUCAGUGAACUGCAUGUUAAUGCUUGUGUUCUACUGUAAGCUGUUGCAGAGGUUUAAUAUACAAAGCCUAAUAGUGUCAUCAGUGUUAUAUUGAUUGAAAAAGGCAGCAUUUUAACACCCCAUAAAAAAUAAUCUGUAAAAACAUUUUGAUUGUAAAAGUCCUCCUUUGACCAAAGCAUUACAUCAAGCAACAAAUUUUGUGAAGAAAAGGGUAUUCUGACAUAUGGUUUCCAUCUUUUUGGGUUACAUUUGAAUUAAGCAUGAUUUUGGUUUCAAAGUGAGGUGUCUCAGUUUAAAUUAUGAUAAUUAAUUUGUUUGCAUAGUGUGGUUUUAAUUUUAUUUUCCCCAUAGGACUGUCAUAAUUUUCCAGCCAAAUAUAUCCUCUUUAUACAGUGACAUUUUUAAUACUGUUAUUGUUAUAAAGGUCUCUUUAUAAAGAUGCAUUUGCUAUAAAAACAGACUUUUCAAAUAAUCAAUGUUAAGUGCAUGUGGCAUAUAAUAUAUAUGAUAUUUUUUCAUUGUCACCCGUAGUUUGCUAAAUAUGCCAUGUAGAUAGCACUGAGAACUUGAGGAGAAAGUGUACCCAGAAAUUAAAAUUCUGUCAUUUACUCACCCUUAUAUUUUUCCAAACCUGUACGAGUUUGUUUCUUCUGUUGAACACAAAAGAAUAUAUUUUGAAGAAUGUUGUAGCCAUUGACUUCCAUAGUAUUUAUUUUCCUUCUAUGAAAGUCAAUGUCAAAUGUUUGAUAACCAACAUUCUUCAAAAUAUCUUCUUUAGUGUCCAGCAGAAGAAACAAAACUCGUACAGGUUUGAGACAACUUGAGGGUGAGUGAGUGAUGACAGAAUUUCAAUUUUUUGAUGUACUAUCCCUUUAAGGUGUACGACUAAUUUAAAGAAAUCAAGCCCACAUAUUUGUACACAAACAGAGACUUAAUGCCAUACAAAUUUGAAUCUUGUGCAACAUUCAGACAGUCCUAAAUUGUAUUUUAUUGACAUAAUUUUAGUUGACAAUAUAGAUGUACAUUUAAGUAUGUUCAUAGUUAAACAGCCAUUUUUGUUUGAAAUAUUACAUGCUGUUGUGGUUCUUGGGUGUCAUUGUUUGAACGGUUUUAAAAUGACAGUCUAUACUUUACUCUGAAGUCCUGAAGAAGUAGACAUUUGUGUUCUAAGUCUCUUUAGCUAACUGCAGUGUACUGGUCUGAUGCAUAACUAACAUCUCUUCAUGUGUGACUUUUCUAUUCUUCACACUAAAUUGUGUUUUAAAAGUUGAUUGAUUGGUAAUUUCACAAUAUUACAGCUCUUUGUGUACAUGGUUAAAUGGACAUACUGUACGUUCCACACAGGACAGGACCGCAAAUGGACCGUUCCGCAAGUGGACUUCACAUGGCUGGAAGCCGAAAUAAUUGUUUGAAAUGAUUCAGGAGCCCUUUGGAUACACAGGGGCAAGAGCUUUCCAUUUAGUGUUAGUGUACUCUCACUGAGAGCAUCUUCCUGCUUGUGUAAUUGUUUUUUUUUUUUUUGUGCUUACGGUUCCCGUAUUUAAACGGAAAUAAUGACACUUGAUUUGUGCUGUGUUUACCUAAUUUCUUGAUUUGGGAGAAAGAGGAAGCGUCACUCACUCCUUGCACAGCUCUUGACGUGGCUGUUUGUACACACACAAAAAGUGCACUGGCCCCUCAUUUGAUUAUAUCACGCUAUCAAUAAAUUGUUUCAUUUGA